CAACGGGCGAUUCCAGAGUUUUGUCGCUCCCUCACCAUGCUCCCGCUCCCGUUCUUCGUACUCUCUCUGCUUUCAUGCGCUGCAUCCCUCGCGCUUCCCGAUCUUACCGACACGGCGACUGCGGUGUUGCGCAGCAAACGCUCGUUGCUGGGCUACGUCGUGGACGAGCUCAGCGCAGCGGCGGAGGCUGCUGAUCUGCUGGUUAAACCUGGACCGCAUCCUCAGGGCGACGCGUUCCCAGUCCUCGCGGCAGAUUGCACGGACGUGAUCGUCAUCUAUGCGCGCGGCACGGCCGAGCCGGGUCCCAUCGGGGAGACGGUUGGCCCUGUUUUCCAGAAUCUGCUCCGCCCAGCGCUCGUUGCUGCGGGCAACAAGACGCUGGCUUUUAUUGGCCUUUCCGAGUAUGCGGCGACGUUCCUGGGAUAUUUCGCAGGUGGGGAUGCCAGCGGGAGUAAGGAGAUGGCGCAGAAGCUUGCUGCCGCCGCGACUUUGUGCCCUCGGGCUGCGAUCAUAUCCGCUGGAUACAGCCAAGGAGGCCAACUUGUCCACAAUUCGGCGAGGCUGCUGUCGACCGCGACGGCUGAACACAUCAAGGCGGUUGUAAUCUUUGUACUGUGGACCGUCUCAUUUAACUGCGUCCCCGCCACUCAAUCUUUCGUCUGUGCCCUAGGGUGAUCCAGACGACGGACAGCCGGUGCAGGGCAUUCCCAGCAGCGACACGGAUGUGAUUUGCCACCCCGUUGAUGCGGUUUGUAAACUGGGUCGGGACGGUGUCGUUGGAGCCCCGUUCAUCCUGCUUACGGUGUGGGACCAUCUGAACUACGAGAAGGAUGUGAAAAGUGCUGUGGAAUAUGUCGUUGCGAGAGUGUGAUUUGGGAUCAAUCAUGAUGACGCAGUCCACGGAGUCGACGGGAGCCACAUCAUAACGUGGGAGACAGACCUCUGCUUACAAUGACUUACGGGAAUGAGUCUCGGCGUGCUUAUGGAAUGGCGAUAUCCAGCUUCCGACUUUCCAAUGCAGAUCAGCACAGCGCAUUACGCGUCCGGCUUGAGGUCCCAGAUAGUGAUCCCUUCUGGCUUACCAAGGACUGAUAGACCGGUAAAUAUCGCCAGCCUCCUAGCCCAGAGGUAACAGAUAUGGACACACCGAGAUUCGCAGAUCGUGCAUCUAGGGGUUCUUGAUACACAUCCGCGCAGAUCCAUCUCGCACGAUUACACUACUGACGAGAUUGCCAGCCCAGCUGCUGUAAGCGUGUGUGCAAACGUCGAACUUGAGUCGCCAUGCGCCGCUUAGAAUUGCUUGUUGUCCAGCGUCCAAGUGGGAGAUAGCUCAGCUUACAAGGAUGCGAAUCUAAUCCACCCUUUAUUUUUAUCCUGUAGCAGGCAUCCCCCUGGCUACAGGGGAAUGAGAGGGGCUUAGACAUAGCAGAUCGAGCUGUGGGACCAUCAGGUUGCACGGCCCACCAGCUGGGCGCACACACCGCAUGGGGAGAUCCCAACUCGCUUUCCAGCAGCAGCGGCAGACCCGAGGUAGACCGGCUACGAUCUCAUUUGUGGUUGCAAUCGCAGGUGCUAAAAGUCUACAUAUGCCGGGAGUGUAUUCCAGUGUCCAACUAAUAAACUUGUGAACGGCUGGCCUGUCAUCCAUUCAACUCUGGCCGUGUGAUGCACAUUUCCAGAAGUCAGUAUUGGUACAGAGUGUACUUCUGGUAUGGUUGGGGGAUGAUAUAUCCGGUCGAUGGAGAGCCGAAGACCACUGUGUCGUUCAAUCCACAAUGGGCUGUCGUCCGAGAAUUGAGUUAAGCACGCUCGGGCGCGAAUGAG